AUGAGUGAUUUUAAUGGAGAGAAAAACAUUCAGGGAAUGAAAUUCAGUCCAAAAAAAACAAAGAGCAAGCGAUAUUGUUCAGUUUUUAAUUGCUCAAGUAAAGCUUGUGUUAACUUGGAUAUAAGGUUUCAUCAAUUUCCUCCACCAAAUAAAAAUUUUGUAAAAGUAAUAAAUAAAAGCGGAAUUGAAGAGAUCAUAGAACGUAGAAAGCAAUGGGAAAGAGUAUUACGAAUGGGUAAAAAAGUAACUGCAAAUAUGUGUGUGUGUUCUUUACAUUUUUCGCAGGCAGAUUACACAUUACCAGCAGAAAACCAUGCUGGAAAGCGUUAUUUAAAUCCCACCGCCGUGCCUUCUUGCAAUUUACCAUUGCCAAUUACGUCAAGUACUGAACAAAAAUUAAAAGAAAAAUCGAAAGCGCGAGAACAACGAAGAGUAGAUCGGCAAAUUCAGCAAGACAACUCUGAAAUUUCAGUACAAAAUUUGAAUUUUGAAAUAAAUUCGAAAGAAAACCAGGAAGCUGUUGAAUCUUUGGAAUUACCUCAAAAUCAAGUUGAAAAUGAAAUUCCAACUUAUGUAGACAUCGGAGUUCAAGUUAAAAGUGGAGAUUUGUCAGAUUCGAAUUUUUCUUCGUUUUUAAAGACAGAAAUGGAUUUGAAGAGCUCUACUGGUAUUCCAAAUUUUCAAAUGCUGGAUAUGUUUGUCGAGAUAGUUGAAAGGCUGACUCCACGAUUUAAAUUUUACUCGGGUAAAUUAUCUGUUCGGGAUCGGAUAAUUUUAACUUUUAUGAAGUUAAAAUUAAAUGACAGCUACGCCUUUCUCAAUGUAUUGUUCAAAUCAGUCUCUGAGAGGCAUAUUCCAAAUAUUAUUUGCAAUACUUUGGACAUUUUAGGGAAUGCCCUAAAAUUCGCAAUUGUCUUUCCUCAAAGUGAGGAAAUUCGAAGAAAUAUUCCUUUUUGUUUCAAAGAUUAUUCAGAUGUUGCUCUAAUUUUAGAUUGUACGGAAAUCGAGAUUCAAAAGCCACAAAGUUUGUGUUGCCAAUUAUUGACUUACUCGUUGUACAAAGGAAGAUUUACGUUAAAAUUUCUCACAGCGUGUACACCUGGUGGACUGCUUAGCUACGUAAGCCCUGCAUAUGGAGGACGUGUUUCCGAUAAGGCAAUUUUCGAGCAAAGUGGAAUCAUUCAAUUAUUGAAUAAUAAUGAGAAACUAAUGGUGGAUAAGGGUUUUCUCAUAGAUGACGUGUGUUUUCAGCACGGCAUAAAAAUUGUCCGACCACCGUUUCUUAGACAAAAGUCUCAAUUCUCUCAAGCUGAAGCAUUAAAUAAUUGCAAUAUUGCUUCUGCAAGAGUGCAUAUUGAAAGACUAAAUCAGAGACUGAAAGUCUUUCAAAUCCUCGGAAAUAAAAUGCCUUCUUGCUUGGUAAAAAAAUGCGAUAAUAUAAUGACAAUUAUAUCUGCAGUUGUCAAUUUAAGUGCUCCAAUUUUGAGUGAUGAAAGAUUCCCUGAUCAAGAUGUUUUACAAUCGCAAUGAAAAACCUUGGCAUCGUGCAGGACAUACGCAUCUAAGGAUAGAAAAUAAAAAAAACCUUUUUUGUCAUCCAGUCAUCUCAGCAUUAAUAUAUUGCAAUUUAUUAUUUAAUAUGUAAACAAUUCAGUAAAACUGAAUUAUUAUUGUUUAAAAAAUGUUUUUAUAUUAAAGGUUUAUAAAACAAAAUAAGUAAAUAAUUUACAAUAAAAUUUU